UUGCCUCAGACCAAAUGUGUUUGCGUGUAUUUUGUAUUUUUUAUGGCAGAAUUUUUAAAAGUUUCAUAAAGUAGAGUAGCCUUAAGUUGUUAUAUAAUUAAUACAUUAGAAACAAUAAUAUGUAGCACUUAUUAUAUGAUAAUUCAAAUCAUGAAUUUUCACUUCAUAAGUAUUAUUGUGGCUACAUUUUACCAAGUGCCUGAGAUUACAGCUUUUAGUUUUAAUGAUGUUCGCAAUCAUCUUGGGACCCGUACUCCCUACCGUUUUAAAUAUAAUAAAGACGAUUCACGUAUCAUAUUUCCAGGCUGUAAAGAUGUUAGAAUAUGGAUGAUUAUUCGACAUGGCACAAGACUUCCUAGUGCUGAAGAUAUUGUUGGAAUAAAUACUCUUAGAGAUAUGAAACAUGAGAUUUUACUCAGUCACAAGAAGGGCCAAGGUGAGUUGAAUUCAGAGCAACUAAAACGAUUUGACAAAUGGUCAAGUAACAUAGUUGUUGAAGAAGAGAAGUACCUGACACACGAAGGGCAAGACGAGAUGAUAUUGCUUGCAGAAAGGAUGCAGAAAAGGUUUCCCAAUGCUAUCAAAUCAAAGUACGACAAUAAUACAUUUUACUUCAAAUACACUGCUACUCAAAGAGCUCAACAAAGUGCAAGAUACUUCACAAUCGGUUUGUUUGAAAAGAAAAAUGCACAAACAGUAAUAUUUUCACCUGCAAACAAAGUUGAUCCCAUUUUGAGAUUUUACAAACACUGUGACAAGUGGCAAAAGCAAGUUAAGAAAAACCCUAAUACAUACAAGGAGCAAAAGUUGUUUGGCGAUAGUCGCACAAUGAAUGAUACAUUGGAAAUUGUAAGCCGAAAAUUAGGCUUUGACAAAGUACUAAGUUUAGAUAAGGUGAACUUGAUGUAUGUAACUUGUGGGUAUGAAACAUCUUGGCUUAAGCACUAUAUUUCUCCAUGGUGUCAUGGAUUCGACAAAGAGACUGCAGAGGUACUGGAAUACUACCAUGAUUUGAAACACUAUUGGAUGGAUAGCUAUGGGCAUAAUUUGACUUAUAGACAAGCGUGUAUGGCAAUCAAAACUAUGUUUGAAGAUUUUAAAAAGAAGAACUACCCGCAUGCUACUUUCCUGUUCGCUCAUUCGGGCACUUUAUUGAAGAUCCUCACGCAUUUACAGUUAUAUAAACCGAGCGCACCAUUGACUGCAGAUGCCAUAGACAAGAAUAGGACGUGGAGGACCAGCGAUAUUGAUUGCUUCGCAUCCAAUCUAGCUUUUGUUCUGUACAAAUGUGAAGACGGAGAUAAAGUGUUGGUUCUCCACCAAGAGAAAGUUAUCAAACUGCCGAUGUGCGACCACGAACUCUGUCCAUUGGCAGAUUUGGAGAAACAUUUCUACGAAUCUAUAUAUAACUGUGAUUAUUCUGAUAUGUGUAGUCUAGACACUACUGACACAUAGAGCUUAUCUGCUGCUGUUGUUACGAAUUUAAUAUGGCUUUUCAAUUAUUAUCAGUAUUUUAUUUUUAUAUUGAUCGAUGUUUAUAUGCGUAGAAAGCUAUGUUUAAUAAAGAUUUUACAAAAGACAG